GGUAACCACAUGGCCACAUGUCUCCACGGUUUUCAUAGAUCUCGUUAUAUCAACAACCCGUUGAAAAAGUGUUCGUACGAACAAAUUUUGAUCGGGGACUGAAUUGUUUCUCGCAUUGUGAUCUUUACAAAAGUUCUACGUUACAACGUUGAUCGUUCAAAGUUUCUAGUCCGGUUAUACGAAUUUGACAAACCAUGGCAGAUAUGGAAACGUUCGACGACGUAGUGGUUUCCACUGCGACAGCCUUACAAGUUACGCUUUCAGCCGAACUACCAGAAAUCAAGUUAUUUGGUCGAUGGAACUGCGACGACGUACAAGUAAACGAUAUGUCGUUACAAGAUUAUAUUGCCGUCAAAGAGAAGAAUGCAAAGUAUUUGCCACAUUCUGCCGGUCGUUACGCGGCGAAACGAUUUCGGAAAGCUCAGUGCCCCAUAGUGGAACGCCUUACAAAUUCGUUGAUGAUGCACGGCAGAAACAAUGGCAAGAAGUUGAUGGCCGUAAGAAUUGUAAAGCACGCGUUUGAAAUUAUUCACCUCCUUACGGGUGACAAUCCUCUUCAAGUUCUUGUAACUGCGAUUAUCAAUUCAGGACCAAGAGAAGAUUCUACGCGUAUCGGCCGUGCUGGUACAGUUAGGAGACAGGCGGUGGACGUAUCUCCGUUGAGACGUGUCAAUCAAGCAAUCUGGUUAUUGUGUACCGGUGCUAGGGAAGCUGCUUUCCGUAAUAUCAAAACAAUCGCGGAAUGCCUAGCCGAUGAACUUAUCAAUGCUGCGAAAGGUUCGUCGAAUUCGUAUGCGAUCAAAAAGAAGGAUGAACUCGAACGUGUUGCAAAGUCUAAUCGAUAAACACCAUUUUUUCGUAAAAAUAUACAAAUAAAUGUUCCACCUUUGAACAAAA